GAUGUUUGGGAGUCAAAGCUGGGGUGUUGCUGUUGCAGUGGUGAGGAGAGUGCUACUUUUGGGUCUGUGAUCCAAACCACUGAAGUUGGCUAUGACUCUUGGCAUGAUGUUCAGGUUGCCUUGGAUAUGCCUUUACUUAAGUGAAAUAUGCUGCCAACAACUUCAACAAGGGUUGGACGUUCCCAAAGGUUAUGGGUACUUUGGUUUCAGGCUUAGGUCCCCGGCCCCAGUGAGCCAGGCAGCUAAGAUGCCCCAGGUGCAGGGUGCCUCAUCAAGGCAAGAGCGCUCCCUUGUGAUCACAGAGCCAUCAGGUUUUCCAACGCGUUACGUGGACAAAUCCUUCCGUCGUUAUAUGCGUCGAAAAUGGGGCCUGCCCCCAUUCCCAGUGAGCCAUACGGCCAAGAUUCCCCCAGUGAGCCAUACGGCCAAGAUUCCCCCAGUGAGCCAGACGCCCAAGAUUCCCCCGGUGAACCAGACGCCCAAGAUUCCCCCAGUGAGCCAGACGCCCAAGAUUCCCCCAGUGAGCCAGACGCCCAAGAUUCCCCCAGUGAGCCAGACGCCCAAGAUUCCCCCAGUGAGCCAGACGCCCAAGAUUCCCCCAGUGAGCCAGACGCCCAAGAUUCCCCCAGUGAGCCAGACGCCCAAGAUUCCCCCAGUGAGCCAGACGCCCAAGAUUCCCCCAGUGAGCCAGACGCCCAAGAUUCCCCCAGUGAGCCAGACGGCCAAGAUUCCCCCGGUGAACCAGACGGCCAAGAUUCCCCCAGUGAGCCAGACGGCCAAGAUUCCCCCAGUGAUCCAGACGACCAAGAUUCCCUCAGUGGUCCAGACGACCAAGAUUCCCCCAGUGAACCAGACGCCCAAUAUGCCCCCGGUGAACCAGAUGCCCAAUAUGCCCCCGGUGAACCAGACGCCCAAGAUGCCCCCGGUGAACCAGACGCCCAAGAUGCCCCCGGUGAACCAGACGCCCAAGAUGCCCCCGGUGAACCAGACGCCCAAGAUGCCCCCGGUGAACCAGACGCCCAAGAUGCCCCCGGUGAACCAGACGCCCAAGAUGCCCCCGGUGAACCAGACGCCCAAGAUGCCCCCGGUGAACCAGACGCCCAAGAUGCCCCCGGUGAACCAGACGCCCAAGAUGCCCCCGGUGAACCAGACGCCCAAGAUGCCCCCGGUGAACCAACCGGCCAAGAUUCCCCCGGUGAGCCAACCGGCCAAGAUUCCCCCGGUGAGCCAACCGGCCAAGAUGCCCCCGGUGAGCCAACCGGCCAAGAUGCCCCCGGUGAGCCAACCGGCCAAGAUGCCCCCGGUGAGCCAACCGGCCAAGAUGCCCCCGGUGAGCCAACCGGCCAAGAUGCCCCCGGUGAGCCAACCGGCCAAGAUGCCCCCGGUGAGCCAACCGGCCAAGAUGCCCCCGGUGAGCCAACCGGCCAAGAUGCCCCCGGUGAGCCAGGCGGCCAAGAUGCCCCCGGUGAGCCAGGCGGCCAAGAUGCCCCAGGUGAGCCAGGCGGCCAAGAUUCCCCCGGUGAGCCAGGCGGCCAAGAUUCCCCCGGUGAGCCAGGCGGCCAAGAUUCCCCCGGUGAGCCAGGCGGCCAAGAUUCCCCCGGUGAGCCAGGCGGCCAAGAUGCCCCAGGUGCAGGAUAGUCUUGGCAUCUCCUCCAUGGAUGUCAGUGGAGAAACCACUUUUAAUGAUGGUGAUGCUGAGGGUCCCUCAUCAGGGCAAGAGCGCUCCCUUGUCACGUUACGUGCGUGGAAAAAGGGACGUGCCCCCGUUCCCAGUGAGCCAGACGACCAAGAUUCCCCCAGUGAUCCAGACGACCAAGAUUCCCCCAGUGAUCCAGACGACCAAGAUUCCCCCAGUGAUCCAGACGACCAAGAUUCCCCCAGCGAUCCAGACGACCAAGAUUCCCCCAGUGAACCAGACGGCCAAGAGGCAUCUUCCCCCAGUAAGCCAGACUGCCAAGAUUCCCCCAGUAAGCCAGAUGCCCACUAUUCCCCCAAUGAGCCAGGCGGCCAAGAUGCCCCCAGUGAACCAGACGCCCAAGAUUCCCCCAGUGAACCAGACGCCCAAGAUUCCCCCAGUGAACCAGACGCCCAAGAUUCCCCCAGUGAGCCAGACGCCCAAGAUUCCCCCAGUGAGCCAGACGCCCAAGAUUCCCCCCGUGAGCCAGACGCCCAAGAUUCCCCCCGUGAGCCAGACGCACAAGAUUCCCCCCGUGAGCCAGACGCCCAAGAUUCCCCAGUGAGCCAGACGGCCAAGAUUCCCCCAGUGAGCCAGACGGCCAAGAUUCCCCCAGUGAGCCAGACGGCCAAGAUUCCCCCAGUGAGCCAGACGGCCAAGAUUCCCCCAGUGAGCCAGACGGCCAAGAUGCCCCCAGUGAACCAGACGCCCAAGAUGCCCCCAGUGAACCAGACGCCCAAGAUGCCCCCAGUGAACCAGACGCCCAAGAUGCCCCCAGUGAACCAGACGCCCAAGAUGCCCCCAGUGAACCAGACGCCCAAGAUGCCCCCAGUGAACCAGACGCCCAAGAUGCCCCAGUGAACCAGACGCCCAAGAUGCCCCCAGUGAACCAGACGCCCAAGAUGCCCCCAGUGAACCAGACGCCCAAGAUGCCCCCAGUGAACCAGACGCCCAAGAUGCCCCCAGUGAA